GGGAGCACUUUUUGUUCUGGAGGGGGAGACGGUCAUGCAGUUUUUUUUUUCCCCGGUCCUCAAGGCAGAAGUGGUGGAAUGUCGAUUGAAGUUGAGGCCUCUUCCGGUCAGAUGAAAGAAAAAAGGGUGGUCAGUAGUAAAUGCAAGCAACGAGUGAGAAUCUUUUUCCGAACGAACAGGCGCUUAGCGGUUGUGAAUGCAAGACCAGCAACCUAAGUUUCUGUGUUUAUAUUAUUAUUAAUUGUCCGGUUCUUCCAGAAUCUUGCUCUUAAUGGGGUUGGCAGAUUGAAACUGAGAUAGUUACAGGUUGGCUCAACAUGAUGGAUAUAGAACUAUUAUAUAUAUCUCUUUUUCCUGCUACCACGAAUUUUGCGCAAAAGAAUACCUACUCAUUGUCCUUAAAGUUCUAGGUGGACAUGGGAUGUGCCUGGCACAGCUUACUUGAAUAAAAAUGAAGAUGAGUUGUUGGGAUGAUUGAUGAUGAGGUGACAUUGAAGGCAGGAAAUGGAGCCCCGGCCCAGCGCCAUUGUUCUCCUCUUCAAGAAGUGAUGUCGUUCCGGCGAAGGGGAAGGGCAGUAUAUGUAGUAGUACAAGGAGCAAAAAAAAGAGAGAAGGGGUAGUGUAGUGUGCGCUGCGGAGGUAGCAUGUGACUGAGCGCUAUAGAAGAUUUUUACAAAAAAGGGACCUGCAGUGGACAUGGGAUGUUUUUUUUUUUAUUGUACUUGUACAUAUUGAAAAUAGCACACUCGAAUCUUUUGCCACCUCUAUUAAACUACCACAACGGAGUUUAUAGCAUUCUUUUAGAACUUAAUAAUUUUAAAAGCAUUCUUCUAGUAGUAAAUAAUAAUAAUAUGUUCUUUUUUUUUUUACGCCAAUGCUAAUAAAAAAAAUUUACAAUAAAUUUUCUCAAUUCACAGGUUUCGCUUCCCAACUCAGCUCCGCAGUGAGUACCAUACCCAGGACAGUUAGCACUUGGCAGUGGGUGGGCAGAGACGAGAGAACAGGAGAACAGCGGUGGGGCCGUCGGUGGCGUUUUAUUUUUGGCUGCCUUCUGUGGCUCCAUCCGCUCUGCUUUCUAUCUCUCUGUCGUAGCCUCAUAGUGGGAAAGGAAAGUAAAUUGAGGGAGAGGGAAGUGGUAGUAGUUUAGACUGUAGUAGUAGUAGUCGUUAGAAACUAGUAGCGUGUCCUCAGAAAAAGGGCAGGCAUGCAGGCGGCGGCGGCAGCAGGAGGAGUUGAAAAUGUUUCCUUCAAGAAAGGAGCACAAGUGGAAGUGAGCUUUGAGGAGGAGGGGUUUAGAGGGUCUUGGUACACCGCCACCGUCCUCCGCCCCGUUUCCAAGAAGACCAACAAGAUCUACUUACAGUUCCACACUCUGGUGGCCAACGACGAACCCGGGUCCAGCCCCCUUCAAGAGCACGUUGACCUUAUCCUCGUCCGCCCCGUCCCUCCCCGCGAGCCCCGCCGCUCCUUCCAAGUCAGCGACGAAGUCGACGCCUUCCACAACGACGGCUGGUGGGAAGGUAUCGUCAUCCAUGUUUCCCCCCCACCUACAACGCCAACAGCUCCUCCUCCCAUAACCAGGUAUUCCGUCUUCUUCCGAAGUUCCCGCGAGCAGCUUGAUUUUCCCGAGACCGAUCUCCGCUUGCAUCGGGAAUGGGUCCACGGCAAAUGGGUCCCUGCUCUGGAACCCACCAAGUAGUAAUUAUUGAUUCUGGAUUCACUCUUUUUUUCUUUUUUUCACUUACUCUGCCUUCUUAGCUCCUCCUCUCGCACUAGCUCUAGCUGAUAGAUGGACUCUGUGAAUCUCUUUGCUUGGGCUUUCUCUUCUCGUCUUUCCUCUGCAACAGCCAUAGCCAGCCCUAUUCUGGAAUCGAACUGCUGUAUUAUAGUACCUAAGUCAAUCGAACCACUGUUUUUAGGUGCCCGUGUAAAAUUGCAGUAUUACUACUGUUCUACCAGUAUUAUCUAUGCCAUGAUUCACCGCUGAGAAGCUUCAAGUAAAAAAAAAAAAAAAAAAAAAACUCUACACUAUUCUUUGAGGUGUUCUCUCGCGUACUUGCUUUUCAAGCGUGGCAGUUUUUCUUUUAUUCUGCUUUUCUGGACUCUCCUGUCUUGUCUUCACUAGUUAUGGAAUUCACGCUCAUCGCGUACGUGUUUGUUUGAUUUCACCUGUCAUGGAUGUGUGAUUUGGCGAUGUCUCUCUCUGGUUUGUUGUUCUGGCAAUAAAAUAAAAUGGAGAACUGGACUGAAGGUUGAUAAGCUGUCGUAAUUUUGGAACUCUUCUCUUCUGAAACUCUCUAGAUGUUCUGGGAUGCAGCGUCGUUUUUGUGGUAGUUUUAUUGCCUAUUUUUGCAAUGUGGCCCUAAGGCCAGGCAUUAGUACUAGUGUUGGUUGGAUUAUUGUGGCCAUUCGUCUUGAUGGUGUACAUCCUCUCAUCGACCUUUUGAAACACGGGACUCCUCCUCAACCUCAAGUUAGCCGUGGUAGUAGGGAUUUGAGUUCCUGGGAUCCCUUUGUUCUGGCUAAAGCAUCGAUCAGACUGCGUUAAGAAAAACUACUAUUAGGGGUUGAUCCCUAAUAAGGUGAUGUAGCCGUAGGCAUAGGAAAUGAUAUGAUGAGUGGGUUAGCAAUUUGGUGGGCAGUGGAUCAACUUCAUGUCUUCUUGUUAAGAGACCACGCGCUUUUUAUUAUUGUUUGGGGAAUGUAUGUAUAACAUUUAAUCCGACCACCCGUUUCGUA